AUGGCGUCCCUACGGAUUAAUGAGCUUUUCGGGGUGAAGGGUCGUAUAGCGUUGGUCACAGGAGGGAGCAGCGGAUUAGGGCUCAUGAUUUGUAUGGGUCUGGUCUCCAACGGUGCUAAGGUUUACCUCGUUGCUUUACCAUCGGAUCCAAUCGCCGAGAAAGUACAUGAAUUGAAUGAAAUUGGUGCAUCGACAGGAGGCAGCGCCGAAGGAAUUCCCUGCGACCUCUCUUCCAAAGACGCCAUUGGUAAUCUGGCUAGGACUGUAAGCCAAAAGGAAAAGCAUCUAGAUCUGCUCGUGUCUAAUGCCGGCAUCCGACGUGAUCCCCCAUUGUCUUGUGAUGUUUUGACAGCGUCACUUGACGAGCUUGCAGGUUCCAUGUGGUCUUCUACAGCUUCCGACUGGGAUGAUACGUUCCGUAUCAACACGACAGCGCAUUAUUACCUAGCGGUUGCCUUUUCACCGCUGCUGGCUGCCGCCUCGCAGCUUUCUAUUGGCAAUGGAAUGCUGGGGAAGAGUGAGGGUCGGGGUGUUAUCAUUGUGACAAGCUCUUGUGCUAGCAUGCACAACGCGACAAAUAUCGACCUGACGAGUUAUGCCACCAGCAAGGCCGCCACUGACCAUCUCGUCAAGCUACUUGCUGCAAAAUUCAGCAGGUUUUAUGUUCGUGUCGUGGGCAUCAAUCCCGGAUUUGUGCCCAGCAACAUGAACCCAGUUGGUGAAGAUGGAAAUAUGUUUAGUAAUCUAUUCGAUCAAGUCCCGGCUAAACGGGCAGGAGAUGCGCACGAUAUAGCUGGAGCAGUGCUUUAUCUUGCAAGCAAAGCUGCGGUAAACACACCGAAUCCCUCCCUAAAGCCUAUCAGAACCAAUCCAACUUAG